AUGGCGCAAAAGGCAGCUCACUCUCACACCCUCACACAGCUGAAGGCAGCUCACUCUCAGCCUCACACCAUACACCAGGAAGGGCAUCAAAGCAUCACACUCAACAUCAGGAAAGGGCAUCUCAAGUUCACCCUCACACCCAACACCAGCCAAAGCAAAGGUCAUCCAACGAUCACUCUCACACCCGACACCAGGAAAGGUCAUCUUACAUGCACCCUCACACCAAAUACCAGCAAAGGUCAUCUUACAUUCACCCUCACACCCAACACCAGCAAAGGGCAUCUUACAUUCACUCUCACACCCAACACCAGCAAAGGUCAUCCCACGAUCUCACACCAACACCAGCAAAGAUCAUCCCACGAUCUCACACCAACACCAGCAAAGGUCUUACUUUCACCCUCACACCAACACCAGCAAAGGCCAUCCCACGUUCACUCUCUCACCAACACCAGCAAAAGGCAUCUUACAUUCACCCACACACCCAACACCGGCAAAAGGCAGCCCACGUUCACUCUCACACCAAUCACCAGCAAAGGGCAUCCCACGUUCACUCUCACACCAACACCAGCAAAGGGCAUCUUACAUUCACCCACACACCCAACACCAGCAAAGGGCAGCCCACGUUCACUCUCACACCAAUCACCAGCAAAGGGCAUCCCACGUUUUCUCUCACACCAACACCAGCAAAGGGCAUCCUACAUUUACCCUCACACCCAACACCAGCAAAGGCCAUCCCACGUUCACUCUCACGCCAACACCAGCAAAGGGCAUCUUAUAUUCACCCUCACACCCAACACCAGCAAAGACCAUCCCACGUUCACUCUCACACAAACACCAGCAAAGGGCAUCCCACGUUCACUCUCACACCAACACCAGCAAAAGGCAUCUUACAUUCACCCUCACACCCAACACCAGCAAAGGCCAUCCCACGUUCACUCUCACACCAACACCAGCAAAGACCAUCCCACGAUCUCACACCCAACACCAGCAAAGACCAUCCAACGAUCUCACACCCAACACCAGCAAAGGGCAGCCCACGAUCCCACACCAAACACCAGCAAAGGGCAUCUUACAUUCACUCUUACACCGAACACCAGCAAUGACCAUGCCACGAUCUCAUACCCAACACCAGCAAAGACCAUCCUACGUUCACUCUCACACCAACACCAGCAAAGACCAUCUCACAUUCACUCUCACACCCAACACCAGCAAAGACCAUCCCACGAUCUCACACCCAACACCAGCAAAGGGCAUCCAAAGACCACUCUCACACCAACACCAGCAAAAGGCAUCCUACGAUCUCACACCCAACACCAGCAAAGGCCAUCCCACGUUCACUCUUACACCCAACACCAGGAAAGGCCAUCCCACGUUCACUUUCACACCAACACCAGCAAAAGGCAUCUUACAUUCACCCUCACACCCAACACCAGCAAAGGGCAUCCCACGUUCCCCCUCACACCCAACACCGGCAAAGGGCAUCCCACGUUCACUCUCACACCCAACACCAGCAAAGGGCAGCCAACGAUCUCACACCCAACACCAGGAAAGGGCAUCGUACAUUCUACCUCACACCCAACACCAGCAAAGGGCAUACCACGUUCACUCUCACACCCAUCACCAGCAAAGGGCAUCCCACGUUCACCCUCACACCCAACACAAGCAAACGCCAUCCCACGUUCACUCUCACACCAACACCAGCAAAGGCCAUCCGACGUUCACUCUCACACCCAUCAACAGCAAAGGGCAUCCCACGUUCACUCUCACACCAACACCAGCAAAGGGCAUCUUACAUGCACCGUCACACCCAACACCAGCAAAGGCCAUCCCACGUUCACUCUCACACCAACACCAGCAAAGGGCAUCUUACAUGCACCGUCACACCCAACACCAGCAAAGGUCAUCUUAUAUUCACCCUCACACCAAACACCAGCAAAGGCCAUCCCACGUUCACUCUCACACCAACAUCAGCAAAAGGUAUCUUACAUUCACCCUCACACCCAACACCGGCAAAGGGCAUCCCACGUUCACUCUCACACCAACACCAGCAAAGGGCAUCUUACAUGCACCGUCACACCCAACACCAGCAAAGGCCAUCCCACGUUCACUCUCACACCAACACCAGCAAAAGGUAUCUUACAUUCACCCUCACACCCAACACCGGCAAAAGGCAUUCCACGUUCACUCUCACACCAACACCAGCAAAGGGCAUCUUACAUGCACCGUCACACCCAACACCAGCAAAGGUCAUCUUAUAUUCACCCUCACACCCAACACCAGCAAAGGCCAUCCCACGUUCACUCUCACACCAACACCAGCAAAAGGUAUCUUACAUUCACCCUCACACCAACACCAGCAAAGGUGAUCUUAUAUUCACCCUCACACCCAACACCAGCAAAGGCCAUCCCACGUUCACUCUCACACCAACACCAGCAAAAGGUAUCUUACAUUCACCCUCACACCAACACCAGCAAAGGGCAUCCCACGUUCACCCUCACACCAACACCAGCAAAGGGCAUCCCACGUUCACUCUCACACAAACACCAGCAAAGGCCAUCCCACGUUCACUCUCACACAAACACCAGCAAAGGGCAUCCCACGUUCACUCUCACACCAACACCAGCAAAGGCCAUCCCACGUUCACUCUCACACCAACACCAGCAAAGGCCAUCCCACGUUCACUCUCACACAAACACCAGCAAAGGGCAUCCCACGUUCACUCUCACACCCCGCACCAGCAAAAGGUAUCUUACAUUCACCCUCACACCCAACACCAGCAAAAGGCAUCUUACAUUCACCCUCACACCCAACACCAGCAAAGGGCAUACCACGUUCCCCCUCACACCCAACACCAGCAAAGGGCAUCCCACGUUCACUCUCACACCAACACCAGCAAAGGGCAGCCAACGAUCUCACACCCAACACCAGCAAAGGGCAUCGUACAUUCACCCUCACACCCAACACCAGCAAAGGGCAUACCACGUUCACUCUCACACCCAUCACCAGCAAAGGCCAUCCCACGUUCACCCUCACACCCAACACAAGCAAACGCUAUCCCACGUUCACUCUCACACCAACACCAGCAAAGGCCAUCCGACGUUCACUCUCACACCCAUCACCAGCAAAGGGCAUCCCACGUUCACUCUCACACCAACACCAGCAAAGGGCAUCUUACAUGCACCGUCACACCCAACACCAGCAAAGGCCAUCCCACGUUCACUCUCCCACCAACACCAGCAAAGGGCAUCUUACAUGCACCGUCACACCCAACACCAGCAAAGGCCAUCCCACGUUCACUCUCACACCAACACCAGCAAAAGGUAUCUUACAUUCACCCUCACACCCAACACCGGCAAAAGGCAUCCCACGUUCACUCUCACACCAACACCAGCAAAAGGUAUCUUACAUUCACCCUCACACCAACACCAGCAGAGCAAAGGCCAUCCCACGUUCACUCUCACACCAACACCAGCAAAGACCAUCCCACGAUCUCACACCCAACACCAGCAAAGGGCAUCUUACAUUCACCCUCACACCAACACCAGCAAAGGGCAUCCCACGUUCACUCUCACACAAACACCAGCAAAGGCCAUCCCACGUUCACUCUCACACAAACACCAGCAAAGGGCAUCCCACGUUCACUCUCACACCAACACCAGCAAAGGCCAUCCCACGUUCACUCUCACACAAACACCAGCAAAGGGCAUCCCACGUUCACUCUCACACCCCGCACCAGCAAAAGGUAUCUUACAUUCACCCUCACACCCAACACCAGCAAAAGGCAUCUUACAUUCACCCUCACACCCAACACCAGCAAAGGCCAUCCCACGUUCCCCCUCACACCCAACACCAGCAAAGGGCAUCCCACGUUCACUCUCACACCAACACCAGCAAAGGGCAGCCAACGAUCUCACACCCAACACCAGCAAAGGGCAUCGUACAUUCACCCUCACACCCAACACCAGCAAAGGGCAUACCACGUUCACUCUCACACCCAUCACCAGCAAAGGCCAUCCCACGUUCACCCUCACACCCAACACAAGCAAACGCCAUCCCACGUUCACUCUCACACCAACACCAGCAAAGGCCAUCCGACGUUCACUCUCACACCCAUCACCAGCAAAGGGCAUCCCACGUUCACUCUCACACCAACACCAGCAAAGGGCAUCUUACAUGCACCGUCACACCCAACACCAGCAAAGGCCAUCCCACGUUCACUCUCCCACCAACACCAGCAAAGGGCAUCUUACAUGCACCGUCACACCCAACACCAGCAAAGGCCAUCCCACGUUCACUCUCACACCAACACCAGCAAAAGGUAUCUUACAUUCACCCUCACACCCAACACCGGCAAAAGGCAUCCCACGUUCACUCUCACACCAACACCAGCAAAAGGUAUCUUACAUUCACCCUCACACCAACACCAGCAAAGGUAAUCUUAUAUUCACCCUCACACCCAACACCAGCAAAGGCCAUCCCACGUUCACUCUCACACAAACACCAGCAAAGGGCAUCCCACGUUCACUCUCACACCCCGCACCAGCAAAAGGUAUCUUACAUUCACCCUCACACCCAACACCAGCAAAAGGCAUCUUACAUUCACCCUCACACCAUACACCAGCAAAGGCCAUCCCACGUUCACUCUCACACCAACACCAGCAAAGACCAUCCCACGAUCUCACACCCAACACCAGCAAAGGGCAUCUUACAUUCACCCUCACACCCAACACCAGCAAAGGCCAUCCCACGUUCACUCUCACACCAACACCAGCAAAGACCAUCCAACGAUCUCACACCCAACACCAGCAAAGGGAAGCCCACGAUCUCACACCCAACACCAGCAAAGGGCAUCUUACAUUCACCCUCACACCCAACACCAGCAAAAACCAUCCCACGAUCUCACACCCAACACCAGCAAAGGGCAGCCCACGAUCCCACACCCAACACCAGCAAAGGGCAUCUUACAUUCACUCUUACAUCCAACACCAGCAAUGA